AUGGCCACAAAAUUGCAGAUAUUUACAGGAUUCCCCAUGGCAUCAACGCCUGCCUCUUCGUUCCAAGCCUCUUCUUCAAUCUCCUACAGUCUCGCUAUGGUCAGAAAACCUCUCACCACUUCCUUCUUUAAUGGUGGAGUGGGGCCUCUAAAAGUUGAAGUGAUUAGGGUUGCUCCUUCCAAUCGACCACAUUAUUCUAGGCAGCGUGGAGGUGCCCUUGGUGCCCGUAUGAACCUAUUUGACAGGUUUGCUAGAGUUGUCAAGUCAUAUGCAAAUGCACUCCUAAGUACUUUUGAAGAUCCUGAGAAAAUCUUGGAGCAAGCAGUUCUUGAAAUGAAUGAUGACUUGACAAAGAUGCGUCACAGCCACAGCACAAUUGAUUACACGUAUUCUCUCUGUGUGAAGGUGUUGGCAUCUCAAAAGCGAUUGGAAAAUAAGUACAAAGCUGCUGAACAAGCUUCUGAGGACUGGUACCGCAAAGCACAAUUAGCUCUUCAAAAAGGAGAGGAGGAUCUUGCACGUGAAGCUCUGAAGAGGCGUAAAUCUUUCGCUGAUAAUGCUAAUACUUUGAAAGCUCAACUUGAUCAACAAAAAGGUGUUGUUGAUAAUCUUGUGUCUAAUACACGGCUUUUAGAGAGCAAGAUACAGGAGGCAAGGUCGAAAAAAGAUACUCUUAAAGCACGUGCUCAGUCUGCAAAGACUGCAACUAAAGUGAGUGAGAUGGUGGGGAAUGUCAAUACAAGUAGUGCUCUUUCAGCUUUUGAAAAGAUGGAAGAGAAAGUCUUAGCAAUGGAAUCCCAGGCAGAAGCUAUUGGCCAAUUAACUACUGAUGAUCUAGAAGGAAAGUUUGCGUUGCUAGAGAGCUCUUCAGUUGAUGAUGAUCUUGCAAACUUGAAGAAAGAACUAUCUGGUAGUUCAAAGGUUCUUGACUUUUUUCCUCUUCUUUAUUCCUCCAAACAGAAAGGAGAGCUCCCACCUGGAAGAACUGCUGCUCCGAGUUCGAACAAGGCAUAUCCAUUUCGAGAUUCUGAAAUUGAGAUGGAGCUUAAUGAAUUGAGAAGAAAAGCCAAGGACUUCUGA